CCAAUAUUCCUUUUGAAACCAUUGGAUUUAACUGCCAUUCAAUGAACUCAAUGCGUUCUUGCAUGUGUGUAAAAUCGUAACCUUUCACAUUGGAUUUUGAAGAUACUGGCGGGUUAUCUUGAUCAUUAAAUGAACAGCUUAAAUCAUAGCACUAAUCAUUAAGAAUGGCUUGGAGAGGAUUGGAAGGGGAAGAUUUGAAAAAUAAUAUCCGGCAACUAAUAAUCGAUUUUGAACCCCACAUUAGAGAAUCUGGGAACUUCGAAAUUGCAGAGGAAACAUUGAUCCACCUGGAAGAAAGUGAUCAACAUUUUCACAGGUUCGAGUUUGUAAAGCAACUGAAGAGAAAGAUUGAUGAAGCCUUGAGUCCUUUAAUUGAAGAUGAGAUUGAAAAGUUUGCUAUGGCUGGUCAAGUUGACACAUCAGGUCAAGAGACCCUGGUCAGCAAGAUCACACAGUCGGUGAUCAAUUCAAAACCUUACAGUGACAUGUCUAGGAAAAUGAAAAGAUAUAUAUCAGAGGCUGUAGAAGAGUUGAUAAAGAAUUUUGAUGCUGAAUUUGGAUCUGGAAAACACAAAGAAAACUCUGAUCCUUUGAUUUAUCAUCGACAUGGACAUCAUGUGGACAGUGAUGAAGAAGAGUCUUCAUGUGACAGUUCAUUUAAUCAGGGUAUGCUGUUGCUGCCAAACAGUGAGGAGUUGCAGUCUGUGGCAGAUAAGCUUCAUAAAAAUAGAGACAUUCAGUCCAAGACUGAAACCAUGCAAAUUUUGAAUCAGAACAUGCCAGCCGACUUCAUUAACAGUGACUUCUGGCCACAGAUUCGCAGAAAUCUGCUGGAUGUCAUGUCUGAACCUGAUGAUUCUCUCACACAUAUGUCUCUAAAGUUCAUAACAAGAGCUUUUGUGACAACAUCUCCACAAACAAGAGAAAUUUACACACUUCUAGCUGAGUAUCUGAUUGGGCAAUUUCAAUCACGAAGAGGGACAAUACCAAAGAUAAAGAAUGGCCUGGACAUUACAAAUCCUGCAAUAGUUAAACUAGUCAAAGCAUUUCGCUUAUUGAAUGAGUUCCAACAAGAAACAACCAAUUACUGGAUACGCUAUCCUGACAGGUACAUUGAGGAAAUUCUGGAGAGCACAUUGAAUCUGUUUUCCAUUCAUCAGAUGGGUGGCCCAGUGGGAACAUCUGCCCAAUUGUCACCGAUUCAUUUCAUUGCACUCAUUGACCCCAAAGCACAGUGGUUCAUCAAAUGGAUGCAUGGUAAUUACAGUCGUCACAGAUUGUUGAAGCUACUAGAAAAAUAUAGACCAAUUGUUGUUGAUGCUGUUCGUCAUUGCUUGGAUUUUUCUGCCAAUCGUAAACUUCCCUUUGACCUGAUGAGUGAUUUCUCUGACACAUAUACCAAGAUUACAGUUGGAGGUGGAAGAAGAAGUUUUUAUGCUGGAGCAGAACUUGAGUAUGCCUACUUCAUUCACUCCGUUCAUUUACUAGGUCGUUUGUUAUGUUUUACCAAUGGACGGAAAUUUUUCCCAAUAAAGCUGGGAGAUUCGGAAGAUCCUGUCACGAUUAAGAAGCUGCUAGUGUCCUUGGUUUUGGUAGUGGUGGAUCCAAGUUCUUUUACAUUACCGCGGUCUCAUAGUAUGUCUUAUGAACCUGCAACACUGGUGACUGACAUUCUGAAGAUCCUGUGUAGCCACGAGCAGACUGCGGAAAUAUGUCUGUAUAAAGACGAGAUCACCACGGCUCUCCUCUCUCCAGUGUCACAGUUCCUGGAUGCACAGUGUAACAAAACCGAGUCAGAAGGAGGGGAAGGUGAGCACAAUACCCCAGGGGAGAGCACUCUGCUCUAUGUAGCGGAUAUUGUAUCUAUGAUAGCAUCAAGUACCAAAGGCAGACGUCAUCUGAUGUAUGGAGAACGCAAAGACAUGCUCACACGCACAAAAUCUUCAGCUGCGCACAUCAUUGCCAAAUUUACACGGAAGGCCCUUCUUGGAGAAAUCCCUCGAGCUCCUUCAAAGAAUGUGAUUGGAGCAUACCUGUAUAUCUGCCGACAGUUGUACAACACGUGCGAGGGCUUACUUGUCCUCUAUCAGUAUGACCUUCAUAAUGUUGUUGUGGGUGUCUGGAAAAAGGCUUUCAAAGAAACAGAGAGAGCUGUGACUCCCACACCAUCAGACAACAGCUCCAGUGAUUCCGACUCCAUUGUUACAACCAGACAUGGCAAUCUGGACAUCACUGCCUGGGAAGACAUAUUGAGAGACAACCUGUUGAACUUUGCCAGUUCAGCUAAAGGUCUUCUCUUGCUACAGCAGACUGGAGCUAUGAAUGAGUGUGUGUCCUAUAUGUAUGCCAGAUAUGAGAAGAAACUUCAGGUGAGCAAGUGUGAGAAGUUUGGGUAUGGUUACAUGGUGACUCAAGUGGCUGCCACAGCACCAGGAAUGAUGGCUCUUCAGAAAACAGGUUACAUUAAGUCCCUGAUAGCAGAGCUGUGGUCUGUUUUGGAGUGUGGGGCCUCUGACACACCCCUCUUUACCCCAAAAACCUGGUCAGUGGAUACUAUAGAUAGAUCUUCUCACAAGCAUUUGAUUAGGCUGUUAAAUGUUCUGUCUGCAUUCCCCGCUGUGUUUGAAGUCCUUGCUAACAAGCCCCUGCCAUCCAAAGCUGAGUACGGAUUUAGGGAAAUUCCUACAACGAUAGUGGAUUUUGUGGAUCGUUUAAUCAUGGUAGACUCUGAGGCUAAAUUCCAUUCCCUUUUCAAUUUUGAGCAGAGUCACACUUUUGGAUUAAGAGUGCUGAGUGUGAUGAUCUGUUGCCUGGAUACCUUUCUGUUGUUACAAUCCCAGUAUAACUUCCAGGACAUUCUACUGUCAGCCCAGGGGGACAACCACAACCUAAAAGAGGACAUAAUCCUAGACAUGUUGUCACUAGAGAGAAACCAGAUUCUGGUCAGAUCUUAUUUGAUUGGAGGGCCAUCAGAGAGGAUUUUACCACCCAGAGCUAUAGAUGAGAAUAAGAAGACCGGGGCUUUUUCAUAUCCGCUGUUCUCCUCUUAUCCAGUACCAAGAGAAUACGUCCCCAAUCUAGUGGGGAGGUCGACCGUCAAACAAGAGUCUGAUGUGAAGAGAAAAGUUCUGGGUUUAUUUACAAGUUCAGACAAUGAUUUGGCUAAAUUCCUUUCUGCUAAGAAACCAGAAAAGGGGCAAGCAUGGUUGGACAAAUGUAAAACUCUGUUUUCCAAAAUGUUGAUCGCUAAGCCAGACAUGCUUAAAGCAAACUUGAUGCAGCAGUUACUUGAGAUUGGAGUUCCGAUAAUGGCCAAGCUUCAGGAUGUGUUUCCACUGCUGGAGUACACAGAGCCUUGGUUUUAUGGCCGUCGUUCACGCCCAAGCAGUGGCAAGAGUGGUACAGAUGGUGCAUUAAAAGCUCUAAAAUUAUCACCACUGCAGAAAAAUGGGGUAAAAAUGGCUAUCAGGUAUGGUCUACACCUGAAAGUGAUUCACAAUGAUGUAACAGAUCGUUUGGAUAAGCUCCUCAAGCAGUGCUCCUAUUAUCUCCAGCAACAACAGAGACCAACAGAAUCAUCCAUAGAAUACCUUCACUCGGUAUAUGGUGGAUUUGACUGGUUUGCAGCCACAAUCUUCUUAAUGUUUGGUGGUAACCUGGAAAAAUCCUGGAACUUCCUCCACAAGUUCUCCACACUGGGCUGUUCAGGGUAUCUAUGGAUCCACAGGCUGCACUGUUCUGUUCACUUGCCAUCAGACCUGAUGUGUAGUGGAAUUUCCCCCUUAUUCUCCAGCACAGGUCAUAACAUCGAACUUAUCCUCCAAAUAGAACUCCCUCUGGUGGCCUCUGCAUUUAAAAUGUCAGGAUUUACUCCAGCUCAGAUUUGCUUUCACUGGUUGAAGCAGUGUUUCUGGAACUAUUUGGACUGGGCAGAUAUUUGUCAAUAUAUCUGUCUGUGUAUUGUUAUGGGGAUUGACUACCAGGUUUACCUGUGCUGUGCUAUCUUUAAACACCAACAAAAGAACAUCAUGGAACACAUGCAGACACAGGACCUCAUCAUUUAUCUCAAGGAGAGUGCUAUCACUGGAUUCCACGCAUCGAAUUACAUGAAGUACAUGUUGGACCUGGAGAAAAAAUACAGAGACACAAUAUUUAGGGACAUGUUGAACAUUACAAGACCUUGAUCCUAAUCGUGUCAAGAAACCUUGCCACAAGAUGAAGUAACAAGUGACUUGGUUCAUGGAUUGCCUUAUAGAGAAUCUCAUAUAGACCUCAACAGAUGAUAAAAUUAUACACAGAUACUUGUUUCAGAUACAUGUACCUGAGAAUGGUUAUAAUAUAUCUCAUAUGUAAGAGGUCUCCUCGUUUUACAAUUCAUUGCAAGCUUUAAACACUGGAAGUAGGGUAUUACUUGCACCAUCCAUUUAUUUCAGUAUUUGGUUACAUUUUUUCCCCAGUGAUGUAGAGAAUUUAGAUCUGGCUCUCACAUGCUACACUUUUAUAGUUUAUUUACAGAGACAAUGAGUUGGAGACUGUGAUUAUGUGUAUGAUUUUGGUAUCGUAGUCGCAUUGACCACUCGACACUUGUUAAACAUUAUGAGGUGAUAUAUACAUGUACAUAUAUAUAGCUCUGCCAAGGUCUCCCCACUUGUUUUCCUUUCCACCAAGAUUAUAAAUUAUUUAUUAUUUAGGAUUUCUUAAAAAUGUUUGCCAAAGGUUGGGCUUAUGACCAGAAACAAGUAUAUAAAAGUAGCCAGAUUGUAAAUCUGAAGAGGGUGGGGAGGGGUUAAAUUGCUGAUCUUGGCAGAGGUUCAUGACAUUUUAUUACUCAUUUUCUUAAGUAUUCAUGUAUCAUUAUGACUUUACAAUGAUUGCCGUCCAUAUUUGAAGACCAUUUCAAUAAAACUAGUUAAGUUAAUGCU